AGUCCAGUAGCCCACAUUCGCCAGAGUGCGUUCAGACGUCGCAGGUUCCGGCCGUGCGUCUGCUUUGCCCCCCUCCCUGAGUGCGCGCACUUGGCGUGUUCUGGCCGCGGGACUUUGGACUUAGAGCAGCCCUGCACAGCUAGCGUGUUACGUUGCUGGAGUCUUCGCGCUGGGAUUUUUACGCGCGCUUCGCGAUAUUUCUGCAACGAACCUGGAUUACUAACCAACGACUGUGUUCAGCAUGCCCAGAGUAUUUUUGGUGCGAAAUCCUCUGUGCCGGCGGCGCCGGUCGCCGUCUUCGCCUGCGGUGACGCCCCCGCCAAGCCCGAAGGAGCAGACGCAGUCGCAGACCUUGUCUACUUAUCCGCUGUACCAAGGGAACCUCGUAAUCGAUCUGGGACCACCGGUGUUCAGCUGUGCAGAGGGAUUCACUCGCCUGACCAUUCCCCCCGCGUCUCCUCCGACGCCACCUUCAUCGAGCGAGGGAGACAAGGGCUGCCAGCAGAGCGGCGAUGACCUGUCUUCGGAGGACUCCUCCUCCGAGGUGUCGUCCUCCACGACCUUCCUACUCCGCGUGCCCCGGCCUCCUCCUACGUCACACCCCGUGCCGCUAACGCAAGACCCACGACCCUUGCGGGUGCCCGUGAUCCAGUCGCCCAUUUCCCGUUACCCACCCCAGACGAGUCGGCCAUUGAUCAUGCCUCCUUCCAUGGACAUGCCGCUGGACGCCAGAACCCGCGUGCCAGCCGCUUCGCCCUUAGCGCACGCCCUCUACCAUCCGCCCACGUCUCCCGUGGCACGGCACUCUCCCCCUCCCGUCUCCAAUAAGGCCAUGAACGACGAUGACUUGCCUCCAUGCACGAACGAAGAGUUGCAGGCCCGGCUAAGCUUUAUGCGGCAGCGACUGGGCGUCCCCAUGGAAGUGGAUAUCGAGUUUGUCAACGGCGGUCAUGGCAUCAAGAACCCGUUCCUCAACAAGGCCGGCCGGCGGACCAGUGUCCAGUAUCCACGACCGCCGUCGGCAGCAGACUCCCACGAUUCGAACAGCAGCCAGGGCUCUCGGUCAGUGGAGUCUCCUCUCGGUUCUCCUCAGAGGUCGCUGCAGACGCCAGUGCCGCCGCCACCACCGCAGCAGCGGCCGGUGCAGCAGCAGCAUCAGCAGCCUGCAGCGAGACCUCAAACCAGCAAGCUUUCAUGUGGGGAAUGCGGCAAGACAUUUGCCCUCCAGCGACUCCUCAAUCGCCACCUCAAGUGCCACAGUGACGUCAAGCGAUAUCUGUGCACCUUCUGCGCAAAGGGCUUCAACGACACUUUCGACCUCAAGCGCCACACAAGAACGCACACUGGUGUCCGCCCGUACUCUUGCGACCGGUGCGACAAGGCGUUCACGCAGCGCUGCUCGCUCGAGUCGCACACGCUCAAGGUCCACGGCAUCCAGCACAAGUACGCCUACAAAGAGCGCCGGGCCAAAGUGUAUGUCUGCGAAGAGUGCGGCCACACGACCAACGAGCCCGAAGUGCACUACUUGCACCUCAAGGCGCACCACCCUCUCAGUCCGGCCUUGCACAAGUUUUACGACAAGAGGCACUUCAAGUUCACCAACGGCACUUUCCCGAUGGGCAUUCUGCGCAUGCCGCCUGUCUCAGCCUGAGCGGCGUCUUCAUUGCGCCGGCCACAUGGAGCGCUUUCCGCGCGUCCCUCCGUCAAGGGCAUUUUGCGUGUUCCACGAGAGAAACUGAACACAUCUCAUGAUGCACGUUUUAAAGGGGCAUUAUAGGGGCAGCAUUUAGUAAGUCUCUUAGGAACACAAAAUUGUUCUUUCGAGACCGAUUUAAUUCAGAUUUAACUACACUACGACAUAUUGCUUGAGCCUAGCUUUUCAAGCACAUAUAUUACACUCCCGUCUGAAUAUCACUGCAUACAAUUGGAUCAGAAACGCAACAUACAUUAUGAAAACCAAGGGGCUGAACUAUGGAAGCGCUGCACUGACGCCUGAAAGCUAUGAAGGGAUAUAUGUGAUCAAUACGCAUGUGUUCCCGCAGCAGCGCAUACUGAUGUCAAGAACAAAAGUUGCAAAAAGAAAUUAAAAAAAACAAGGCUUGAUCCAGGGCGUAAUUGCAAUAAUAUGGUGUAAACAAGGGACAUAACUGAAUUGGCAUAGCCAUGAAAUAAGGCUUUCAAAUGUGCCCGCUGAGCCGAAGGAACACAUCUGUUGAGAACACGCAUUCCCGGCCGCGGCAGCUGCGGCAUUCCGCUGGGAUCGGAAUGACAUGCUCGUCCGUGUACUGUAGUUCAGUUUUCCCAAUGAAGCCUCUCUCGGGGCCAUCAUACUCGUGCUUCAGGACGUUAAAAACAUUCAAAAUUUUGCAAAACUUCUAGUACUUGAACGUAAUGACGUCAGGAACAGGUCCUGUCUUAAAAUCCAGCUUCUCUCUUGACUGCACAUACAUAUGUAUGUGUGUAUAACACACAAACAUGUGUAUCCAAUAUGCCUCUUUAGUGGCCCUUUAAAUCUGCGGCAUCAGCGCGGCUAAGUUGCGCCACGCAAGAACACACCGAAUGUUAAACGUUGCGUGUUGAAUGUUAAACGUUCUUACGACUGUGAUACCUGCAUCUCACUUUUGUAAAUAGAUGGCCAUUUCAGGGGCCUUCGUCAUUAAUUUAUGUUCCACCACACAUUCCCUCGCAAUGUUCUCGUUCUGUCUUGGGCAUUUUUUUUUUUUUUUUCGCAUCAAGUCGAUGAUGCAUGUAUGUAUUGUGAUCCGCGCCCUUCUUCUGUGGCGCAUGUUUGUGCUUUUUUUGGUGCCGUCCAAAAGAACAUGCAUCGGAUGUUGCGGUGCAGUACAAAGUCGUGUGUGUAAAUAUUCUGUUGUUCUUGGUUGUACACAAGAUGCUCAUCUUUCGAUCACUCCUCCGUUUGUUUUCGUACGGGCAAAGCUGUGAGAGAUAGCAUCGUGCCGGUUACACACUUAUUCAAUGAGCCAAGGCCGUGUUUUGUAAUAAUUUGUUGUUUUUUCCUCACUCAUUUCAUUCGACAAUUCAAACAUUGAAAUUGUAAAAAGAACAUCAUUACAAGAUAUUCGCCUCGGAUAAACUGACCGGAUGAAAAUAUAAGCCAAACAUCUUUUUUUAUUUACUUCAAAUAUGCUCCGAACGGUCGAAGAACCUCCUCCCUUGUUCAUAGACUUGCAUUGUUCAUGUUGAAUAAAUAGUCAAAAAC